AUGCCUGUCGUGCACCAGCACGGUCCGUGCUCGCCGCUGGCCGGCAAGCGCGAGAAGGCGCCGUCCCACGCGGAGAUCCUCGCCGCGGACCAGCGCCGCGUCGAGUACAUCCACCGCCGCGUGUCUGAGACUACCGGCCGGGUGAGGCCGAAGCGCGCCGCGGCACCGGCGGUCCACCUCCAGCCCGGCGCGCCGUCGACGGCGGCAACUCCGGCGUCGGCCUCGCCCUACGCGAAGUCGGCGAACCUCCCGGCGUCGUCCGGGCGCGCGCUGGGCACGGGCAACUACGUGGUGACCAUCGGGCUCGGCACGCCGUCGGCGCGGUUCACGGUGGUGUUCGACACCGGCAGCGACACGACGUGGGUGCAGUGCCAGCCGUGCGUGGCCUACUGCUACCGGCAGAAGGAGCCGCUCUUCAGCCCGGCCAAGUCGUCCACCUACGCCAACAUCUCGUGCUCGUCGUCCUACUGCGACGACCUCUACGUCAGCGGCUGCGACGGCGGCCACUGCCUCUACGCCGUCCAGUACGGCGACGGCUCCCAGACCGUCGGCUUCUACGCCCAGGACACCCUCAAGCUCUCCUACGACGUCGUCAAGGAGUUCCGGUUCGGGUGCGGCGAGAAGAACCGCGGGCUGUUCGGGCGGUCGGCGGGGCUGAUGGGGCUCGGCCGCGGCAAGACGUCGCUGACGGUGCAGGCGUACGACAAGUACGGCGGCGUGUUCGCGUACUGCCUCCCGGCGACGCCGUCGGGGACGACGGGGUUCCUGGACCUGGGCCCCGGCGCGCCGGCGGCGAACGCGCGGCUGACGCCGAUGCUGACCGACAACGGGCCGACGUUCUACUACGUGGGGUUGACAGGCAUCAAGGUGGGCGGGCACCUGCUCCCCAUCCCGGAGGCCGUCUUCUCCGCCGCCGGCGCGCUCGUGGACUCCGGCACGGUGAUAACGCGCCUGCCGCCGUCGGCGUACGAGCCGCUGCGGUCGGCGUUCGCCAGGGGCAUGGACGCGCUGGGGUACAGGAAGGCCCCCGCGUUCUCGAUCCUGGACACCUGCUACGACCUGACGGGGUACCAGGGGAGCGUCGCGCUGCCGGCGGUGUCGCUGGUGUUCAAGGGCGGCGCGUGCCUGGACGCGUGCCUGGCGUUCGCCGCCAACGACGAUGACGCCGGCGUCGCCAUCAUCGGGAACACGCAGCAGAAGACGUACGGCGUGCUCCACGACCUCGGCAGGAAGGUCGUCGGGUUCGUCCCCGGAGCUUGCUGA